AUGGCCGGUACCCUAGCUAAGCUUGCUUGUAUGCUCUUCCUGUGCAUGGUGGUUGCCAAAGCGGCCAUGACAUGCCCUCAGAUCCGAGGAGGGAUGGUUCCGUGCAUCAACUACCUCAGCAAAGGUGGGAGCCCUAGUGCGGCUUGUUGCACCAACCUGAAAAACAUGGUCAACUCGGCGACGACCACCAUCGAUCGCCAGGAUGCCUGCAAGUGCUUGAAAGAAGCUGCCGGGGCACUUCAAGGGAUCAACCCAACCAACGCUGCAAGGCUCCCUUCCAACUGCAAAGUUAACAUUCCUUACAAGAUCAGUAUGAGCACCAACUGCGCCAGCGUAAAGUGAAUGAAGAUCGAGUCGAUAAUGGAGCAUAGCAGGAUAUGAAGCUAGCUAGUUUAGUAGGCUCAUUGAGUAAAGAAUAAUAUGGGAAUUGCGCGCGUCCAGA